AUGGCGCCGCCACCAGGCCUUUCCGAUAUGCCGUUGAGCAUGCCAUGGAGCAACCGCUCACCCGCAAACUCCUCUCAUGUUACGAACGGGCUACCCAACAAUAUUGACGCCUCUUCCACCGAGGACCCGGCCGAGCUGAAGCGGCGAAUCGCCGAACUCGAGAGAGCUCGCCCAAUCGAGCAGGAGCUUUGGCAGGCCCAGUUCAAGCAGGAUAUGAAAGACGCGCAUCUAAGAGCGGAGGAAGUGCGAUUAAGCAUCAAGAAAGAGCACUUAGACGAGCAGAAGGCUCGUGUUGAUGAGCAUGCUGCUGUGCACAAGAAGCUUGCGGAUGCCUAG